AUGUAUCUCUGAGAAGCUAUUAAAAGGCUUCCUGGAAAGAAACAAAACCCAAAAAACAAAAAAACCAUGUGCCCCAUUGCAUAUGGCUCCACCUUACCAGAGAGAAAGGAUCACAGGCUGGUAGAAAUUGAAAUCGAAGUGGACCCAACAUUUUGCAGUCAUUGAAGCCUGAGCUCACUUGCAGUCCAAGGAAAGCCAUGCAGGAUGAAGACGGAUAUGUCACCUUAAAUGUUAAAACUGAAAAGCCAGCUCUCACUUCAGGUGAUCCUGCUGCAUCCUCUCUGUGGCGUGUGAUGGCUUUGACUCUGCUGGUCUUAUGCAUGGGGAUGGUUUUUGGGCUGGUGGCUCUGGGCAUUCUGUCUAUCACGCAGCAACACUACCUACGAGCUGAGAAUGAACAUCUCUCAGGAACUCUGAAGCAAUUAGCAAGGAAGGUCUGCCAAGAUUUAAUAAAACAAUCAGGACAAGAGGAAAGACAUCAGUGCAGCCCAUGUGAGAAAAACUGGAGAUAUCAUGGAGACAGUUGCUAUGGAUUCUUCAGGCACAACUUGACCUGGGAAGAGAGUAAGAAGUACUGUAUCGACACCAGUGCUACGCUUCUGAAGAUCCCCAGCCAGAAUAUUCUGCAAUACCUCACCAGCAGGACUGGAUUAAUCCGUUGGGUUGGAUUGUCCCGCCAGAACUCCAAAGAGGCCUGGAUGUGGGAAGACGGCUCAGUCCCCUCCAAAAAUAUGAUUAAGUUUUCUGGAAAUGGAACAGAAAAUAUGAAUUGUGCUUAUUUUCAUAAUGGAAAAAUCCACCCUACCUUCUGUGAGAAUAAACAUUAUUUAAUGUGUGAGAGGAAGGCAGGCAUGCCAAAUGUGGACCAACUACUUUAAUGCAAAGAGAUGGGCAGGAUGUCACAGACAAGUGCUUGAUUGUAUAAUAAAAGAUCUGG